GGGUACGUAAUAUAAUAUUUUACUUUUAUGUCAGACAGCGAGGCUGCUGCGUCGUAGAAGGUAUUACGUUCACUGUGCACGCGAGCACUUCAAUACUAUCGGCAAAGUAAAGAAGCUCGUACCUAAGACCAUGAAACGAAAAAGUGAUCGCGCCACAUUAUACCUUUUCCUGAUACCUCGGAGGGAACGUCAAGACCUGUCCACUGGCUGAAUCAAUAAUCAGCCGCCAGAAUCGCCUGGCAUUCUUUUUAUUACCGCGAACUGCCGCGGAUUGAGAGAAACGUGGGUUCGAGAGUUGUGAAAAUAUUAAUCUAAAGCUGUCGGUUACGCUGCUAGCUGCUCAAAAGCUGCUCAAAAGAGGCGGGUCUCUAGACGCUACGGUGAAGCCUUAAAACACUAGAAACAUUUCUCUUGUAAACUUUAUAAGGGAACUGUUAAAUAAACUGUGGUAGGAACGUUGUCGCCAUAGUAACACUGAAAGUGUAGUGCUACACGCGUGGGCUCUAAUAGUUAAUAUUAUAAACUAAGCAGACUACCUUUAUCUGAUUCCAAAUUUGACUGACACAAUCACCAGGUCGGCAUACGUGGACAUAGUGAGUCUGGCAGCCGGGCUUUGGUAGGUCUGCCACCUAAGUUAAGCUCUCGCUGUUUCUGGCUCUCCUGCGUGUUACGUCAAGACAGACGGCGUUCUAGGAACAGCUUGUACUCAUCUGUAACUGCGAUUAAGAAAUUAAGGCCUUACAUCUGCUAUACCAAUCUAGAAACAGCUGCCUUCUUGGAAGACCUAGCCGUGUACGGAUAGGGUGCCAAAGCAUCCAAACGGUCCCACCCAGCGAAGCGCGAUAAGUCGACGUUGUAGGCUCGAUCCCAUUUUGGGCCCCACGAAUCAAGGAAACUUAAAAAGAAAGACUCGACGAACGAUCUACCUCUGAGUGCUGCGAGCCGUGGUGAUUCGUCGAGGCGACUGUGAUGGAGAACGUCGCCGUGGCGGCCGUGAGCUCGUUGGAGGACAACGCCACCAUACGGGAGUACCUGGAACUUCGGCUGGGCCCUCAGCACAUCCUGCUACCCAUCGUGAUCCCACUAACGGUUCUGUACGUGGUAGUGUUUGUGAGCGGCGUCGUGGGAAACGUCACGGUGUGCUUGGUGAUUGCAAGGAACUCGCACUUCCAGACGCCCACCAACUACUACCUCUUCUCCCUCGCCAUCUCCGACCUGCUCAUACUCGUCUUCGGGCUUCCCAACGACCUGAAGCUGUACUGGCAGCAGUACCCAUGGCGCUUGGGCGAGGCCCUGUGUCGUUUCCGGGCCCUGGUGGCGGAGGCUACUUCCUACGCCUCCGUUCUGACCAUCGUGGCGUUCACUGCAGAGCGUUACGUGGCCAUCUAUCAUCCACUCUUCCUGCAGACUACGUCAUGUUUGACGCGUGCCGUUCGCAUCAUCGCCAUCAUCUGGGUGGUGUCGCUGGUCAGCGCCGUACCGUUCGCCAUAUACACCCGGAUCAACUUCGUCGACUUUCCGUUGGGCUCGGGCCGCGUGGUGCCCGAGUCGGCCUUCUGCGCCCUGCCGAUGGACACGACGGCGGUCAGCCUUCCGCUGCUCCAGUGCUCGACGUUCGCCUUCUUCUGCCUUCCCAUGACACUGAUAGCAGUGCUGUACCUCAAGAUAGGCAUGCGACUACGGAGCCAGCCGGGACCGGGCCAGCAAGGGAGGCACCAGCGAAGACCCGUGCACAGAAUGCUCGUGGCGGUGGUGAUCGCCUUCUUCGUCUGUUGGGCGCCAUUCCACACCCAGCGCCUUCUGGUGGUGUACGUCAGCCCCAGCCAGUGGACCACGGGUCUACGCACACUCAACGAGGUGCUCUAUUACACCGCCGGGUGCCUCUACUACUUCAGUGCCACCAUCAACCCGAUACUCUACUCACUCAUGUCUGUCAAGUACCGAGAGGCAUUUCGAGACGCCCUCUGCACGCUCUCUAAGACCAAGCAGCGGCUAUCGGCGGGCGAGUUUGAAGCGGGUGCAACAGUCGUCAUCGUUGGCGCCGGCCACUCCAUCCUGGACAACACAAGACUGAGCACGCUGAAGCCGUACUCAAUCGUCCAGCGCGUCGACACCGACGAGGCUAACGUGGACGACGGCGCGGACAUCGCCAUGCGGGCGCUCAUCAUCCAGGCAGUGCUCCGCGUUAGGCCUAACCAGGAACCGCCAUUGACGCCAACGAAGAGUGAAGCAGACGACAAGGAAAACACUCCUACCAUAGAGAUCGGCUCCAGUGACAAAAGCCCCGAGCCGUCGGAGACGGUGGUGUGAAUUUCGCGCGGGUGAUCCUCAUGGGUUAGAAAACCUAGACAUCGUCGAGAAUGAUGCUCAUGUUCUUUAGCUCACCAAAGGGUGCACGUUUUUCCACCGUCCAUGACGACCAAAUGUGUUCACAGUUGGGGAAGCGAGAUUCGCAGUUAGACACCGUGGAGCGCAGUGAUUGCACAUUAUGGUGAUUUCCCUGUCUGCUAUAAGAACUCCAAGUGUAUUCACUGCGGUUUCUAACCAAGCUUCCUGCUGUCGUGAUGAUCUUGAAAUUUGCGCCUUCUCAUGAAAGGCCCUCUCACAGAACCUUCGCUCUCAGCAGGUGCUAACGCGUCGUAAAGUGUGUACCCUCAGACCUCGGAAAAGGCUAUCGGAGAUGCGGAAGACAAUGCGGCAGCCAUGUUGAGGCUGAUCGGGACCACAAGGCAGACUGAAGUCCUCCCUGCCAAGCGCAAAGAACCAUGCGCGUCGUCUUUGUAACCUCAUGGGCAAGCAUGGGGCAGCUCAGUAAAUUUCUGAGAAGUCGCUGACUUCUCGAAAGAGGACUGUGGCGCCAGCGGAGAUCUUCAGCCACUUCCAAGCGGUCGCAACGAAGUCAGCAACUUCACAUCGAUUCUGUUGACUGUGGUUCCGCCAUCGACGGAGCAGGUGUGAAGACAGUUUUAUCUGUGUAGGGGCUUCUUCAGGCAUAUUUCGUGCGAUGAAGUUGUCAUGUGACUUCCACACUUGGUUGUGUCCUAUGAGAGGGAACAAGACCAAUGUGGCUGCUACUUAUACUGUACAAGUUUAGCGGUGCUUGGCAACAGACUUAUCUUCAUUAAUCUGCGUCUACGGAUCAGAACUCGGCUAUCAUUGCUGCUAGGUGCUCCUUUAUUGGAAACAAAAGCAGCCACCGACCAAAAAUCUCACGAGAUCAAAAACUUUGACAACUCAUUUUGUCUAUUUUGAGAGCUUAGCUGCGGCACUUUUGGUCAGAAGCAAAGCAUGUCACCGACGAAUGCCAUCCCCUUGUGCCUAAGUUUGGCUAAGCAACGUAUGGCUCAAUAAAUCUAGAGACAGUGCUAAGGCCUAAUGUGCGCUUUGUUGUUGGGCAUCCGAAACUUAGCACACCUUGCCCAUGACCGCCCACGACCAAAUCACUACGAAAAAAUGCACGUGAGGGUUCUGGCUUGUCUUCAACAUUGAGACGCUGAGUGACGUGUACAGCGUCUUGAAAGCAAAGUCGAAGUGGACUUCACUCUGCCGAAACCUUCAGUAGCGCAGCAGUGAAAAUGUGGCCAAGUGCAUCGUUGAUGAACCUCUACAGGAACCAUGCUGUGUGAACUCUUCAGUGGAUUGUAUCUGUGAGCGACUCGAGUUACAUCCUCACCUCUCCCUUUGUCCUGGUGAACGCACGAAGUCAAGAACGUUUAAAUGGUACUCUCUCCGUAUACACGACCAUUGCCCUCAACUCACUAGAAGAACUUCAAGAGGAAACCCUGUGACUGUCAGUUUGGGGAAAGUGGACAUUUCGGAACCAUUAUGAGCAAGAUUAUUUGGCCUGGGGAUGUUGCUGCAACCGAACAUGGGGUGGAUGACUUCGAACAUGGAGGCCACAUGCGUCGAUUGGUAUAGUUAGUGUAUGUGCAUUGCGAGUGCUUUUGUCAAAAGUGCACUGAAAUCGUCACAAUGGCAUCGCUCAAGUGUACCACAAAAGAUGUCGCAGCGGCAACCCCUCCUUGAGUUGACCUCAGUGACGCUUAUGGUUACAGUGACCCGAAAGACUCUGAUGGCUUUCUCUUUACACUGAAAACGUGUGCGUUGCGGAAGAACUUUUGUUCCGGGUUGAAUCUGAAAUGUUAACCGUGUUUGAAGAGUGUACAGUUGCAGCGUGACGAUUGUUGACAUUGGCGACAUCCGCGGUGAUGUUUAUAUGCUUGGCGGAAUUGCGGCUAAGCACUUGCUGGGCGUGGCUGCUGCGUAGGCUGUGUGCGUGCUCUGAGCGUGAACCUUCAAGCCAGAUACUUGUUGAGCGCUGCUAGUUGUCUUACGUGACCUAAUGGCUAACUGUCAAGAAAGAUGUCGAGCUUAUUUUUGUGUUCAGACUUGACGCAUCUGUACUACCGAACCAGUGGCGCUCAGCACGCGCGCCGAGGUCGGCGUCACCCUUUGCGUCAAUGUACAUAAUUCCAGAAAAAGUCUAUAUUACUCGGAAGAAGUUAGCAGCCAACAAACACGGUUAAAUGUGCGCACUGCCAAAUGUUCAUACGUGGCACGACGUAGACUUAAAACUCAAGGCGAAAAAAAAUUUUUUGACGAUCGCGUCCUACUGCUCACGAACACAUUCCCAAUAGACAAACCAUAUCUGCGGUCUCUCUUUACUACAUAACAUAUUGUACAUUAGUCUUUAGCGAGCGGCUACUCCAGUCCUUUUCUUGCGCGGAGCAAUGCUUAGUUAAAGUCACGCCUGGGUAGCUUGCAUCCUUUACUGCUUUUCUAUCAGCAUCGAGGCAAUAAAAACGAAAAACUUGGUGUCACGUGAAGUUGAUCUUAUGCCCACAGCAAAAUGCUUGUGUCACUGAUUUGCGUUUCUUCUAUAAGGCUCACUUAACAUAUAGCGAAAUAUGCGUACAUGUGGUUCCAGCCAAGAGCGAUCAAAGCAUUGAUGUUUUAUCACAUGAAAAAUUAUGCCAGGUUUUGAUAGUUUUCUUGGCCACUUUGUCUUAUUGAGAGCAGAUAUGAGAGGUGUGUCUAC